AUGCAAACCUCCGGCAUGACCGCAGUAUUCUUGAAGCGCCUCGGCAAAUUACUCUCAGAGUAGAAUUCUUACUCUUGGCUAAUAGGGUGUUAAGAAGGAGAAAAAUAAAGCCCUUCUCUGAAAAGACUUGAUCCUUGCAAGUUGGAAUGACGUAUUAAGGUGGGAGGCCGAUAACUUCUCCCCAUCGCAACCGACCCCGCAUUCUGAUCCUUUGAGAACAACAAUCAACCAACACCUUAAAAUUUCACAGAACUUUGUUCCAAUCCAUCAUGAUUUCAGUCGGCUCAUCGAUUCCCCCUGCUCCUGAAAGUCUCUGGGUUGAGAGAGAUAAUAACACCGUCUCGCUCCCUUCCAGCGGAAAGUACAUUAUCGUUGGUGUGCCAGGAGCCUUCACUCGUUCGUUGCCCCCUUUACCCCAAUCAAGCUUGUGCGGUUAUUGGGGAGUUCUAACGAGUAAUUUUCAACAUGGUUAGCUCCCUGCUCAUCGCAGGUUCCUGGAUACAUUGAAAAUUAUGAUAAGCUUAAGGAGAAGGGAAUUAGUGCUGCUUACGUUGUUGCUGUAAACGAUAUAGUAAGUUCUUUACCUCGCUUAUCCCCCGGUUUGGUAUAAUUGCGGUUGGUUCAUUGAUUCUAUGACCAUCUAGUUUGUCGUGAACGCUUGGAAGGAGAAGCUUGCCAACGACUCUGGUGUCCAGUUUCUUUCGGAUUCCAGAGGUAUGAUAAUCACCCAAAUAUCAUCCAACAAUAGAUAUUCAAUACUAAUCCCGCAUAUCCGUGGGGCAGGUGAAUUCACUAACUCAGUGGGGCUCGGGUUUGAUGCUAGCGGAUUGCUCGGAAACACCCGUUCCAAGAGAUAUGUCGCUAUUGUUGAGGAUGGAAAGGUUGUCAACCUUCAGGUAUGGCCUAUGGUGUCCUAAGCUGGGAACUUUGUGAAGAGCUACAAACUAAUCUUUUGUCAAACAGGUAGAGGAUGAAGCCCCUAACAUCACUGUCACCCAUGUAGACAAGGUCCUCGGGAGCUUGUAGGAUGUGUAAGGGCAUCUCAUAGUCUUGUUAUUCUGGCCUGAGGGUCGGUUCAUCAAAACAAAUCGAGCAAUAUUUUAACAUGAAAGUCGCAAUUUGUU